AUGAUAUCAGUUCCAUGUCUGGGUGUAGAGAGGCGCGAUCUUGAUCAAGACGCCGCUAAGGGUUAUACCAAGCGCGCGGUCGACGAGGAUGCUACCAAGGGCUACACCAAGCGUGACGUCGACGAGGAUGCGGCCAAAGGAUACACAAAGCUAAGACGUGAGCUCACCGAGCAGCAAAUUGCACGCCUUGGAAUCUGGCAACGGGGCUGA